GUUCGCGACUUGCCAGCGGGCUGGCGACCUGGAGUUUUCAGGUUUCCUUCAGUUGUGACGUACGCAAUAUGGCGGAAACGGGAAUAUGUUUGAUGUUAUCUUAAGUUCUACGUGGAUAAUUUGAUAUUUUUCAUUAAUAUUAAAAAUUAAUUAUCUAUUAUGAUGGAGGAAGUUGGUGAUGAUACUAAUGGGGAAUCCACGUUUGAAUUUGUUGGUGAUAAAACUGAUGAAAAUUUACUUCAUUCAGGCCCUUCAGAAAGCUCUCCUAUUCCUACAUUGGAGCAAUUAACUCUCUCGUCAAAUAUUGAUUUAAAUAGAGAAGAAACUAAAGCCACAUUUGUAACUGCACUUGGUAAUUUACCUCCACCACAGCCAACUCCAUUUUUUCCCACUGUUCCUCAAGGAAUUGAAAAUACUAUUACAUCAUCAUUGUAUAUUCCUUCCAGACCUAUUCCAUCUGUCUUGCCAGAAUCUGUGUAUUCAACUACAUCUAGCUCUCCAAUUCUUAAUCCUGCUGUUACUACGAUCACUCAACCUGUUAGUGCCAUUUCUAUACCAACUGCAACUGUUGAUCUACCAAUUGAUGAAUAUCCAGCCACAAAAUUGUCAUCACAAGAGGGAAAUGGAAUGUGGGGAUGGCUCAAAAGCAGUGAUUUGCUUAAUAAAGUGGCAGAGAAAGCAAAGAAUUCUGUUGAUACAAUGAUAACAACACUAGAUCCUGGAAUGAAAGAAAUUAUAUAUUCGGGUGGAGACAUCAGCAUUGUUGUUGCUUCUGAUAAAGAAGUUAAAGUAUCUCCAAUUAGAGAAGCUUUUCAACAUGUUUUUGGGAGAGCCACUGUCGAAGGAAUAGCAGCUCAAUCUUAUAAUAUUGCUGCUCAACCUGUAGGAUUUGCAGUUGCAUUGAAAGCUGCUGAAGAAAGAAUUUCUACUCUCAGACAACAAGGAUCCAUACAUGAACAUCAGCCAGCAGUAGCUAUAGAAAAUUUUUUGGCUGAAUUAACUCCAGAAAGAUGGUAUGAUAUAGGGUGUCUAGUUUUACACGAUCCGAGAGCUAACAUAACACUUCAUACUUACACUCAAGCGACCCCCAUCCCCAGCGAAUACAUUUUGCAAGCUCAAGACCAGACUCCGCCGGAUUAUCCUCUGAGAUGGUCGGGACUGGCUGUAACAAUAGGACAGGUGACGAGCACGGUUCUGGGAGUGUCCCGCACAGAAUGGCACCAGAGACUCGUCGGUAUUUCGAGACGAGAGAUGCUUCUCUUAGCCGCCAGAUCUCUAGCUGGAAUGUAUAAAAAUUACCUGAAUAGAUAAUAUUGUUUGUAUAUUUAUAUAUAAAUAUAUCAAAAGGAAACAUGGUUGAAAGUUUGUUUGUUUUUUAAAUUAAUGCCUUUUUAAUGCAUUCAAUAAUGCAAAUAUUGUAAUUUUAUUUCUGCA